AUGGCAGCGGCGGCAUGUGAGGCGGUCCUGCCGCUGCUGCAAGCAGCGCUGGGCGCAUCAGGCGGUAUGAUACCAGCCGACUACUCCGGCAGAGUCUUGCUGCGCAUCGGCGAAUCGGAUGGAAUUGUGUUCUGCGUGCAGCAGGGCCGCGGCAGUUUAGAGCUUUGGCGCGGAGGCACUCUACCGCAGGCCAACACCACGAUCUACUUUGAUUCUGUGGAGACGCUGCGGAAAGCUCUACAGGACCAGCACGCAGUGCCUAUGCUGCUGAUGCGGCGGAAGCUGCGGCUUCAGGGCGAUACCUCCUUCAUGACACAGUUCAGUGCUGGCAGCGGGUCGGAGUCUGCCAUGGCCCGGCAGUUUGCCAAGGAGCUAGACUCCGCCAUUGCUGGCUCUGGCGGUGGCACCGAGGAGGUCGUGAAUUGGGUGCCCAACGAGGCUUCCAACCACUGCCAGGAAUGUAGCCAGAUCUUCCGCAGCUUCCGGCGGCGCCACCACUGCCGCCGCUGCGGGCGCCUGCUUUGCGGGAGCUGCGCGCCUAAGGUGCAGGAGAACAGUGGCGACAACUGCUUGAGCAUGCUGAGCCAGGGCUCUCGCGUGCGGCUCUGUGAGCAGUGCCAAGAAAGCGGGCCACAGGCGCCCCGGAGCCGGUCGAUGCACUCACACCGGGCGAGCAUCAUGAGCACGGCGAGCGCGGUGACUGUGGGCUCAGAUGCUGUUGAGGCUGCCAUGGAGCGCCUCCAUGAGAUGAAGGAGGAAGUCGCAGAGCUGCGGAAGGCGGAGAAGCAGCGCAUCGAGCGCGCUGCGCGCAAAGGGGUGCAGCAGAUUUGGCUCGCAACCUACGUGUCCUUGCUGGUCUUGUCGUUUCUACUUUGCCUCUGGCGCUUCUCGGUGGCUGCUGCCUGGCUGGCCUUCCUAGUGGUGCUGCAGCACUCCUCCGAGGGCUCGCUCUUGCAGCGGAACAUUCGGGUCUUUUGGGCGGCUGCAGUGGUGACGAUCACGGUUCUGAAUACUCGCUGGAAGCUGCGGGGUCUGAACAUCACGGAGGGCGAGGAGUACAAUUCUGAAUGGGCGGCUACACAUCAGGUCAUCGCGCGGUUCCUGUACCACCAGAUUCUCAAGCUGAAGGGCUUUUGGAUCAAGCUCGGCCAGCAGCUUUCCGUCAACGUGGUCAUGGCGGCCCCGUACCGGGAGGAGUUUGGGAAGCUUCAAGACAAGAUUCCUUCCAUGCCAGUCAGUGAGGUUAAGCGCACACUGCAGGAGGAGUUCGGCAAAGAAGUUGCCGAUACCCUGAGCCUGGAUGCUGAGCCGCUGGGCACUGCUUCCAUUGCCCAGGUGCACCGUGCGAUUUGGCGUCCAAAGGGUGCGGCGCAUCGGGAGGUUGUGGUGAAAGUGCAGCACCGGGGGGUCGCCGCCCAGUUCCACCAGGACCUCCGCGCCUCCGCAGUGCUGGCCAAACUCCUGGCCCUCGUGGACCCGGAGGGCGUGCCAGACAUGCGGCCGAUCAUCAGUGCCUUGCGAGAGGUCACCAUCAACGAGCUGGACUUCCGGCUUGAGGCGAAGAACCAGUCUCGCGCGAGAGAAGCAGCUGAGAGGCAUCGUGCCAACGUGUUGAUCCCAGAGGUGGUGACAGAGCUGGUAGCCCAACGCGCGAUGUGUAUGGGCUUUGUUCACGGGGAGUCCCUGGCCAAAGCUGCCAAGGAGCUCACGCAGGAGCAAAGAGAUGCACUUAUCGCCAACUUGGCGGACCACUUCGCUGUGCAGUUUGCGGUGGACGGGCAUUUCCAUGCAGAUCCUCAUCCCGGGAACCUCAUGGUGCAAACAAACACUGGCAGGUUGGUGGUGCUGGACUGGGGCAUGUGCAUCACCCUCUCGCCGCAGAAGACCCGGGCCUAUGCCCAGCUCUUUGUUGCCGCAGGCACCUCCAAUGCCUGGGGAGUGGUAAAUGCUCUCAGGGACAUCGGCGUGACUUUCAAGGAGGGCGAUGUGUUUGAGCCCGUUAGCUUCCUGAGCUUCCUCCGUUUUGGAUUGCGGGAGACGCAGCCGCAAGACGAGGCGAAGGGUCAGGCUGAGAGUUUCAUGAAGGCCGGAGACGACCUGUACGAGCGAGGGCCGAAGCGCUUCAAGAAGUCCCCCUUUGAGACUUUCACAGGGGACUUGACCUACUUCUUCAAAGCCCUGGACUUGCUCUGGUGCGUCUCGAGCCAACUUCACACUCGUCAUCCCAUACUGCAGACCAUGUUCCUGCGUUCGUGCGCAUGCCUUGCUGGCAGCCAGGGCGUUCCCAGGAGACUCCAAGAGCUGCUUCCGGCGCCCAAAGUGUUCAGCGCCCAAAGCAACGGCCUUCAGCUGCAGCUGCAGCAGAUCUUGCAGAGGUUCUACUUGGAGGGCGAGCUCUUGGGCGCUCAGCUCUGCGUGCUGGACCUCAGCGGGCCACCCAAAGUCCUGGCAGAUUUGGCUCUCGGGGUGCAAAGCUGGAUACACCAGGAGCCUGUCACGCCGACGACGCUCUUCAACUUGCUUGACAUCUCCAAGCUGAUUGUCGUUCAUUCUGGGUCGAGGACAUCUUUCAGCUCAGCACAAAUACUCCCUCCACCAUUGAAACAAAGCAGCCGGUUGCAUGGGAUGCGCAUCCCAACUCCUGUCGCCAUGUCUGUCCUCCGCCUGGUGGACAAAGGCCGUUUGCAGCUGUCCUGCAAGCUGCCUUUGCCGGAACCUGUCACGGUCGAGCAGGUUCUCUCGCACAGAGCAGGCUAUUGGCAACCUUUGCCAGACGGCAUUGUGAACUUGCCGGAGCUGGCGGAUUUAGAGCAGAUGCUCUCCGCGCUGCAGCGCACCCGUCCCUGUGAGGCGCCGGAUGCUGCGCAGCGUUAUCACUGCACUAGCUUUGGCUAUCUCUGCGCUUUGGCCUGCCGAGAGGGCGGCUUGGAGCUGCAGCAGGCUUGGGAUGAGCUUUGCGUCAGCGCCGCUGCUUGGGCGGACGAAGUGGACCUGGAGUGUCCCAUGGCACGACAGACGCUGGCCCGGGACCAAUCAGCUGCACGAGUAGAGGGUGACAUGACCAUCCCCGACUUUGAAGAGGUGGCGGAGAUGAUCUCCGCUGUGUACAUGCUGCUGGGCGAAGAAGGCUCACCCUCAGAGGCUUCAAGGAGCCGAAUGGAGGCCAUCAGGAAGGAUCUCUUCGGCCGUGAUCACUUGGUGCACAGGCACAUGCGCAAAGGGCUGAAGCAUUUGGAGAGAUUGUACAUCCCUGCCAACGGCCAACUCUUUGGGCGAUAG